CUGGAACAGGAACUGGUCUGGAGCUGCUGUCAUUGAGCUGAGCGCACAAAGGUGAGCGCACCGUCAGCCAUAUUCCCGCCGCCCGGACUCUGUGCUCUUUUUCUCGGAGGGAGGGGAAUUUUCGGCCGCAGCUAGACUGAAUUGACUCACCUGCUCUGAGGGACGCUCCGUGGAAAUACACGCCAUUCUUUGACGGAAGAGAUCUACAACAGGAUUCAAAAUGCCUAAACCUGUAAAUGUUCGCGUCACUACGAUGGACGCGGAGCUGGAGUUUGCCGUCCAGCCCAGCACAACUGGCAAGCAGCUAUUUGACCAGGUGGUGAAGACCAUGGGGGUACGUGAAAUAUGGUACUUCGGACUACAGCAUAUGGACAGCAAAGGGUACCAUACAUGGCUGAAACUUGAUAAAAAGGUCUCCUCUCAGGAUGUGAAGAAGGAGAACCCUCUCCAGUUUAAAUUCCGUGCCAAGUUCUUCCCAGAAGAUGUGUCGGAUGAGUUGAUCCAGGAUAUCACUCAAAAGCUGUUCUUCAUGCAAGUGAAAGAUGGAAUUCUGAGUGACGAUAUCUACUGUCCUCCUGAGACUGCGGUGCUUCUGGCCUCCUAUUCGGUGCAGGCCAAAUUUGGAGAUUUCAGCAAGGAAGUGCACAGGCCUGGAUACCUGACCUCAGAUCGCCUCCUGCCCCAACGGGUUCUUGACCAGCACAAGUUGUCCCGGGACCAGUGGGAGGAGAGGAUUCAGGUGUGGCAUGAGGAGCAUCGUGGGAUGCUCAAAGAGGACGCAAUGCUUGAGUACCUGAAGAUUGCUCAGGAUCUGGAAAUGUAUGGGGUGAACUACUUCGACAUCAAGAACAAGAAGGGAACAGAGCUGAGGCUGGGUGUGGAUGCCCUGGGCCUAAACAUCUACGAGAAAGAAGACAAACUCACUCCAAAAAUCGGAUUCCCCUGGAGUGAAAUAAGAAACAUUGCCUUCAACGAUAAGAAGUUUGUCAUCAAGCCUAUAGAUAAAAAAGCUCCAGAUUUUGUGUUCUACGCCCCGCGGUUGCGCAUUAAUAAGCGUAUCCUACAGCUGUGCAUGGGGAACCAUGAGCUUUACAUGCGCCGCAGGAAGCCCGACACCAUCGAGGUGCAGCAGAUGAAAGCCCAGGCUCGAGAGGAGAAACAACACAAACAGAUGGAGAGAGCUCAGCUGGAGGGUGAGAAAAAGAGACGAGAGGCCAUAGAGAGAGAGAAAGAACAGAUGGAGAGGGAGAAACAGGAGCUGAUGAUGCGACUCUACCAGUUUGAGGAGAAGACCAAAAAAGCGGAAAGAGACCUGCAGGAGCAAAUGCAGAGGGCCAUGCAGCUGGAGCGUGAACGGAGGCUGGCAGAGGAGGAGGCAGCCAGAUUGGAGGCAGAGAGACAGGCAGCACUGCUUGCUAAGGAGGAACUGGCGCGCCAAGCCCAGAGUCAGCUGAAGAGUCAAGAACAGCUGGCUGCUGAGCUGGCAGAACACACUGCUCGUAUUGCACUCCUGGAGGAAGCCAAAAGACGCAAGGAGGAUGAAGCCAUGACAUGGCAGCACAGAGCUCAAGAGGCCCAAAAUGACCUGGUGAAAACCCGUGAGGAGCUUCGCACUGUGAUGACGGCGCCACCUCUCCCUCCACCACCACCUGUGUAUGAACCUGAUGAGAAUGAGUAUGAAGACGGCGAGAGCAACAGUAGCUACAGUGCAGACCUGCAGACAGGCGGCAUCAAUGACCACCGCAACGAAGAAAAGCGAAUCACUGAGGCCGAGAAGAACGAGCGAGUUCAGAAACAGCUGUUGGCUCUGACCUCAGAGUUGUCCCAGGCUCGUGACGACACCAAGAAGACUCAGAACGAUCUGUUGCACACAGAGAACGUGCGCGCCGGCCGAGACAAAUACAAAACUCUCCGGCAGAUCCGCCAGGGCAACACCAAACAGAGGAUUGAUGAGUUUGAGGCCUUAUAAAAUAUCCGGACCAGGAACCUUGGGAGGGAGGGAGGAAAGGCGUCUCAAAGCCCUUGUCCAUUUUCUUUCUGUCCCUUUAUCUGAGUGGUCAAUGUAAGAGGCACAUCCGGCGUACAACACAAGUACAGCAAACAGUAAUGCAACAGGUUUUAUUCAUAUGAUAUGAACACUGGUUCAACAUGCACUUAAAACUAAAUGAUUAGAAAAUGCACACAUAUGUUAACCCUUUAGUGGUGUACAUAGGAUUUCACGGUAAUACUUUACAGUAAGGUUCUGUACUGCAGCAUUACUUAAUGUAUGAGGAAUCAUCAACAAACAAUGAACAAUUUCAUUUUCAAUUUCAUUUAACAGUGUCAUUUAUUAAUAUUUGGUCACUUGUUCAUUCUUUGUUUGCAAUGCUAAUUAGUGAUAACUUUUCAUGUUUAUUUAUACAGUAUAUGUAGCCAUAAACAUUAACAGAUUGCUCAGUUAAUUGUAUUUAAUAAUGUUAACACACACAGCCUUAUUGUAAAGCAUUACCAAUUUCAUAGAUAUACUGAAACAAAUCUGCUUUUGCCAUAAAAAUAUAAAAAGCUAAAUUAUAUUUCAAUACGUGCCAACAAAGCAUUCUCCAUUUGUUAAAUAUAUGUUAGUAAUAUAAUAAUCUGGCCAAAAUAUCGUUUUGGGUUAAUAAGUGGUACUUUUUCUCCCCUUUUUUCUUAUUAAUGAACCACUCAGCACAGGGCUGGCUUGCUUGCAGUAUGAUUAAUUUUAUGUAUUGUCUGAUAUUAAACCUCUUUAAUUCAUGUUGAAUAUGACUUUUGCCAGAAUAUUUGUUAUAGUGUUUAUUUAUUCAGUCUUUGGGUUAUUAGAGGUUUAUGGGAAUUUGGACUUCUUUAUCAACGGCAGUGCAGAUUCAUUUGUUUAUUGAGUUCUGUACCCGUCAUGAUUCCUUUUUUUUUUUUUUGAAGAGAUUAAUAUGUAAGUUAUACAUAUUAUAUAUAUAAUAUAUAUAUACUGGAUUAUGUUCAAAUGCAUGCUAAAUCCUUAGAUUUCCUACAUUAGCUACAAAAUUUUUUUAUGACUUUGAACUAGUUACUGAAUGUUUAUUGCCACGACGGGAUGAAGGAAGUUUUGUUUUCUAGACUUUUGUAAUCUCGGUAGGUAUCGAAAUGGAUUUUGUGUUGGUGGAUCUGUGAGCAGAGUUUCUCACGGACUUCAUAUUUUUAUUAAAACUAUAAAAAAAUAGCACAAAUCAGGUAGUGUUAAGACACCUUUACUCUGCUGGUGGGACCCAAUGUAAAAUAUAUCCAACAGAAUGUUUUGGCGAAUAUGACAAUUUACUCAAUUGUUUCGGUGAUGCCUGUAACCAUGUGGUGCCACUUUCAUAAAAAUAGAAUAGUAUUUCAUGCCUUUUAUUUGUUUUUUGUUUUUUUGUAAAUAGGCCGAAGGUCUUAAAUGUAUUUGUUUUCUCCAAAUGAUCCUGACCGUUAAUUCAUUUUUGAUUUCCCCCCCCCCAUCAAAAUCAGCUCUUUUAAUCACUCGCAGCACUUUGAGCGCUUGUGUUUGAAAUAUUACUUGAUGUCAUCCAUACACAAAUAAGCUUUUCACACUACGCACGACCAACCAGGAGUGUUUUUACUGGGCUUAACAUGGUUUUAACCCUGGGUUAUGAAGCUAGUAACUAACCCAGGUUAAGAACUAGUUGACCCUGGGUUAACAUUUUAAAGUGUGACUUGUGUGUAUAAUAGAAAUGAGCUGUUAUCAUAAACUCAAUUAUCAACUGGAUUUAUUUAUUUUCCCCUAAACGGUGUUUAUUAUAUUAGAAAUAAAGAUUUAUGAUGAACAGA